AUGACAACUCCAGCAAAACGAAAGCGGGCGAGUAAACCAAAAGUGCGGACGGGCUGUAUCACCUGCAAGUGCAUAAGUACAGGACGAAAAUGCGACGGCUAUGCUUCGCAGCUCGCGCGAUUAAAGAUCUCUCAGCCGCUCUUGACAGUCACGACUGCCAAGUCGAGUACGGAGUCACGCGCGCUGGAAUUUUUCUUUCACAAGUCGUCCUCCCAGCUGUCCGGGUUCUUUGAAGGCUCGUUCUGGAAAGUCACUGUCCUCCAACUCAGUCUGGUGGAACCCGCCAUUCGCCAAGCCAUCGCUGCAAUAGGCUCGCUGCAUGAGCACAAAGGAGGUUGUAAAUUGAUCCCCUCGUUUAAUACCGCAAGUGGCGACCCCCAUCCGGCUAUCCAGCUGUAUACCCGGGCUCUUCGCUCGACGAUAGAGAAAGACGCCGCCGAUAUAGGCGCAAUUCCUACGGUCGUGGUGGCAAGCAUUCUGUUCACGGCCUUUGAGUUUCUUCGGGGGAACGCGUCCGCCGCAGCCUCGCAUAUAUCGAACGGUAUUAAUCUCCUCUGGGCAUGGCGCGAGAAGACCGGUAGUCGGCCGAAGGUGCCGUGGGGCCAGGGGUAUUCCUCGUUCCAGUCGUACUUUGUGGAAACGGAAUUGGCCCCGAUUCUGAGUCUUUUCAAUCUCAACAGUUCCGAGUUCCAGCCCGGCACACGCCGAAAGGUCUUACUGAACCCAGUUGAUACCGGUCUGCUUAUUCUCACGGACCGGUUUGAAAGCCUCCAUGCUGGAUUGCUAACAAUAAUAACCGGACUUCGGCAAACGCGCGACCGCUGGAAAGUGAACUUCGAUGAUCUUGUUCGGCGGCAGGGGUCAACGUGGAACAAGAACGACCAGGAUGCGGCUGAAGUCCUUCGUCUAAUGUGGUAUUCGACCGUAAUGGGAACGACCACGUACCGCGUGGGCUCCGAAUGCGCCUGGGACGAGCACCGAAAGGACUUCGAGGAGAUUGUCCGCAUCGGCGAGAAGAUCGUGUCGGACCCCGACCGCUACCCUGAUGAGCUAUCAAAGACACUAUGUCUCGAUUUCGCGUGUCUAGAUCCGCAGGAGGUCGCUGCCACCGAAGACGCCGCCAUCAUCCCCGAGCAUGUCCGCGUGCAUGAUUUCUAUACCGAACAGACAUCCACGAAGGCCAACGGGUGCACCCUUCAUAAAUUGAUAUUGUUGACAAAACCAAAUGGUCUGGACGGAGGUUGGCAUUUCACAACGGAAGACUUGUGGUUGCCAACGCCGCCUGACGACGGCGACACGGUUUCACCCUUCAACCUGUUCUGUUGCAAAGACUGGGCGAAGGCUGAGCUGUCGAACCCUCCGACAGUGAACAUGGUGACAAAUGCUGUGCUGGGACCUGAAGAGUGA